AUGGCAUCAUCAAAUGAAGAACUUAAUUCUGACAAUAGCUUUUCAUCCCUGACUGGGACAGGAAAUGAAAGUACCACCUUGGCAACUGAUGGACCUUCAGACUCAAGGUGUCCCAUCUGCUUGGAAAGAAUACGGAAUGUGGCCUUCUUAAAUCCCUGUUUCCAUAGAUUUUGUUUUGCCUGUAUCCUAGAGUGGUCAGACAGGAAAGCAGAGUGCCCACUCUGCAAACAACGUUUCCACUCUUUCUUUCAUUCUAUAAGAUCUGACACAGACUUUGAAGAAUACAUUAUCACUUUUGAAAAUGCAUCCUUUGGCAUGUGUGGGGAGAGGUCAGCAAUUGAUCAAAGACCUGAGUCACUACCAGAUAAUGGGAUCUUGUAUGAAGGAUACUCAGGUCCCCAAUCACUAGGUAGGAUGAGAAUGCUUGAUGAGCUGAUGAGACAACUUGGAAUAAGGAGGUCAUCUCACCCUGGAGGAAUAUCCCUUGGGCAAAUUCGAGAACAGGUUACAAUAAAGUUCAGAAGGGCACUAUAUCAAUCAGGAAUCCGUGUCAGGAAUGUCCAAAGUGGAGGAUUUUACAGGGAUAUAUCAGCAGAUUUUUUCCACAGGAAUCCUGUCCGUCUUAACAGGUUAGUGCCUUGGUUGAAGCGUGAGCUGCGAGUACUGUGUGGGACACAUGCAUCAUUGAUCAACAUCAUACAGGAUAACAUUCUAAAUAACAUAACCAUUUAUGAUCUGGACAGUCAAGCAUUUGCUAAUAUAAUGCAGCCUCAUUUACUCCAUUACACCAAUCACUUCUUGCAUGAAUUCAUAAAUUUUGCCCGUUCCCCUUUCAACAUUAAGGCUUAUGACUGGCGAGCCAGUUAUGAUGUUCCCUUUCCUAUGCAUGAUGAUGGGUUCCAGUCCUAUUCAUCUUUUACUACAUCUUCUUCAGAAGAUGAGGAGGAAGAAGAAGAAUCGGAAGACUCAGAUGAGAAUGAGGGGGAAGAUGGAGAAUCAAUGUCAAGUAAUGAGGAAGGAACUUGGGAUGAUGAAAUCCAACAAUCAACUAGUUCCAGUUCAGACCAGAUUCUGGAUGAUUUUUUUCUUCCUUUUGGAUCUUCUGAUGGGGAACUUGUAAGAAGUGAAGACAAUAUGCAUGUAUUUUUCCAUGCUGAUGCACAUUUAAGUACCCACAACAGACAUUGUCCAGUACACAAAUGUGUUCUGAAUCAAAUAGAAGAAAGUACCUCAAUACUAGGUAAAUCCAUCCCAAGCUGUAAGGAGAGAGCGCAGCCCAAUAUUGCUGAGGAGGAGGGGGAGGAAGAUGAUGAUAAUGACGACAACGAUGAAGAAGAACCAGCACAUAAGCAAGAAGCCUUAAGAAGUCUUGCUUGUGUUGAUGGCACCUCUAGUGGUGCAGGUAUGGCUAUACUUAAUGUUGGCCAGGUUGUUAGCAGUAACCAUAUGUUGAACACUCUGCAGCUUCCAUCCCAAGAGCAAGAAGAAGAUGGCAUGGAUCAGACCUCAUUGCAACAACAAGAUGUCGUUAGUACAAAAGUAAUCCAUCACAAAGGAGAGGAGAUUAUUGUUAUUGAGAUGCUCCAGCCCAAAACAGAAGACAUUUUAGUUAUUGAACACAUAGAACUGAAAACAAGAGAACUGGAUGAUUCUGGUCAAUUGCCAUGGCAAGGUGAGGAAAUGGCUAAAUCUACAGAACUGCAGUCUUCUACAGAAACCCCUCCAAGUGGUUCUGCUACCAAGUGGGAUACUGGAUGUUUUUCAUGUAUUAGAAGACCGUGA